AUGGGUGAUCAGCAAGCAACUUUUCCUAUGACUGGUGGAGAUGGCGAAUACAGCUAUGCCAAAAAUUCCAAUCGACAGAAAAAGGCGGCUGAUUGUGCCAAAUCCAUGCUUGCCGCGGCAAUUGGUGAAAACUUACAUGCAGCCUCGCCUACUACAAAUUCAUUUUCCAUUGCUGAUUUAGGCUGCUCGGUUGGACCCAACACCUUCAUUUCAGUGAACGAUAUAAUAGAAGCCAUACAACACAAGUACCAAGUGGAGGGUCACAUUUCUUGCCCCUUGGAAUUUCAAGUGUUCUUCAAUGACCAUGUUCAGAAUGACUACAAUCUCCUCUUUAAAAACCUUCCAACAGACAGGCAAUACUUCGCCUGUGGAGUAGCAGGCUCUUUCUAUGGCAGACUGUUUCCCAAGGCCUCUCUCAAUUUUAUUCACUGUGCAAAUGCACUCCAAUGGCUUUCCAAGGUGCCACCGGAGCUCGGUGACCUAGACUCUCCUUGUUGCAAUAGAGGGAGGAUUUUUUAUGCUAAUGCUCCAAAAGAAGUUGGCGAGGCUUAUUCAGCACAGUAUGAAAGGGACAUGGAGGCAUUUUUAGGUGCUCGUUCGCAAGAGCUUGCUCCCAGAGGGUUGAUGGUGCUUCUGAUUUCCGGUCGCCACAGUGGGACACUUCCGGGACAGUCAUCACUUGGCCCCCGGUUUGAACACUUGGAAUCUAGCCUUGUAGACAUGGCUAAUGAGGGAAUUAUAAGCAAGGAUAAAGUGGAUUUAUUUAACUUGCCCAUCUAUAGCCCAUCGCCACAAGAGAUGCAGAAACUAAUAGAAAGAAAUGGGAAUUACAGCAUUGUGAAGAUGGAGGAAAUGAAAAUUAAGUAUGACAGCUUUAUUAGUAAGCAAGAGUGCCGAGCUGGGUUUGAGGCUAUUGUGAAAGCUCACUUUGGUAGUGAGAUUCUAGACCAACUGUUCGAUCGAUAUGCCGCGAAAAUCACGGGUCAUCCACCUCCUAGUACUGGUGAUGGCGUUGGAAAUGGAUUAUUCAUUAUUCUCAAACUCAAACAAUGAUUAGGAUCUGUUUUUCUUUUCCUUGGAUUACAUUUAUGAAAUGAAUAAGUAUCUCUUGAAUCCUGAGGUACAAUGUCUGUUUUUU